AACAUUUUCGCUCGCUGAAAAAAUCCAAAGCUCUUGGAACUGAAACUCCGAAGAAGAGAGUGACGAGUCGCGACACGCUCGCUCAGCCACGAUCACCAUGUCCUCCUUCUCUCAACUCGACGAUGACUCGGUCCUCUCCCCGGGAUUCGAAUCCUACACGGCGCACCAUUUCGCCGAGGAUAAUAACGGCUCCUACGCUUCCGGGGAUGGUUUUUUCUCGGACCAGGCGCCGGCCGCUCCCCCGGUCUACGCCGCGGUCGGGGAGUUCUCGACGGAGCCGGAAAGCGAGGGAUUCGACGGGCAGUUUGGGGGUGCGGACGGCCCGGUUUUGCCGCCCGCGAUGGAGAUGCAGCCUGAGGAAGGAUUUGCUUUGAGAGAAUGGAGGAGACAGAAUGCAGUUCGAUUGGAAGAGAAGGAGAAGAUUGAGAAAGAGCUACUGAACCAAAUAAUCGAUGAAGCAGAUGAUUAUAUAAUUGAGUUCUACAGGAAAAGGACCAUAACCUGUGAGAACAACAAGACAGCCAACAGGGAAAAGGAGAAGUUGUUUUUGGCCAGCCUAGAUAAGUUCCACACUGAGGCUGACAAGAACUAUUGGAAGGCGACUGCAGAGCUUAUCCCUAAUGAAGUUGCCUCCAUAGAAACUAAGAGAGGAAAGAAGGAUCAAGAGAAGAAGCCCUCCGUUGCUGUUGUCCGCGGCCCGAAACCAGGAAAACCAACUGAACUUUCAAGGAUGCGACAGAUUCUCUUGAAGUUGAAGCACAGCGCUCCGUCCCACCUGAAGCUUUGUCCACCAUUGCCACCCACCUCUGAUGACUCUAAAGUCAGUGGUGCCUUGGUGGCUGAUGCUUCCGAAAAGGUGGCAACUGCUUCGGUGGUGACCCCUGAAGCUGUUGCCGCUGCUUGAAUAGGACUAUAGUUUUGGUUUUGUCGUUCUUGUUUGGGAGCUUAAAAGUGAACAUACAUUCUCUGGAAUGUCCCGCCUCAUGGAGUUCCUCUUUUGGAACACACAUGGGAUCAAGUGUAUCUGAUCGCACAGGAUUAGCUCGGUAAUACAUCGAGGUACAACUUGUUAUUCUAAUAGGGUCUUCCUAGAUGGUGAUACUAUGCUAU